GCAUCAGUUUUAUGGAAAGCUGGCAGGUAUAAAAGCCCUGACAGCAAAGGGGGGGACAGCCGUGUUAUACAGCUGGAGACCAAGAUGGAGAAAACAAGGAUGCUUGUCCUCUUUGUCUGUUUGACCUUCAUGUUACUGGUCUGCACUGAGGAGCAAGGUGCAACUACACUGGCCGGUAACACCUCUACUCACACAACCUCCAACAACCAUACAGCACCGUCCUCCACCUCCACCUCCACCUCCACCACAACUGUCUCCUCGCACACCAUGACUACCACUACUACAUCACAGCAGCCCACAAAGUCCUCUGCAGCCACGUCACCAACUGCGAGUGUUGGAACCAAGUGCACUGCGACUUCAACUGUGACUUCAGCUGCGACAUCCGCCUCUUUGUUCGGGCCCUGCGGUCAACUACUGGUGCCUGCCAUCUCUGUUCUGAUCUGCGGUGCAUUGGGCUGAAAGUGUAAAACCUUUCCACAACAGAAAUGUUGGAUUCUUGACAGAGCCUCUUAUUUAAUGGCUCUUUCUGUGGCUGUCUUCAUAUUAAUGCUAUGAAGUGCUUUGUUUGCACUGAGCUCUUUUCCACUUUUGAUCACGACUGCUCCACACAAUC